UGGUAGUUCAGAUUGCUUACACGUUUUGCGUUGGCAUCGUCUAACUACCUCGCACAACGUGAGCGGCUUAUGAAACAGGCUGAGGUUUUCUUGAGGAUAUUUAAGGUCAAAUCUUACCCCGGAAAUGCACUGGACGUUCUAAUAGUAUAGAUCUACCAUGACCAGAGUCAUUUACAGUGCUGACCACUGACGGAAGCAAAACUCUGACAAACCAUCACCAUGGCACAGAUCUGCUGCAUACACAACAAUGUGAAUGUGUGUGUCUAUAUCUUAGUAAUUCUGUUUGGAAUAGCAUCAUGGAUCGACAUAAAUGGCCUUUGGGUGGAGCUGCCGAUUCUUGUCCAGAAAUUGCCAGAAGGAUGGGAUCUUCCUUCAUAUAUGGUCAUCAUAAUUCAGCUGGCUAAUAUAGGACCGCUCUUCUACACCUUGUCUAAGUUAAGAUGGCCACGCAGACUGAACGAAGUCCCAAUAAUUUAUUUAAUAAUCGGUAUAGGAGGGACUUCAUGCUUACUGUUGGCUUUCUUCUGGAACACGACAUCAUACAUCGCAGGGGCCAACCACAGUACUGCUCUCCUCAUCCUCAACUUCUUCCUAGCUUUUGUGGACUGUACAUCAUCUGUUGUCUUCCUCCCAUACAUGGCUCACUUCAAGCCAGAAUACAUCACUGCUUUCUUCAUCGGAGAAGGAUUCAGCGGCCUCCUGCCUGGCCUCGUAGCACUAGGACAAGGAGCCGGCCAAACAACCUGCGUGAAUCAAACAGUGCACAAUAAUGUCACCGUCAAUGGAACAUCCAUUAACGAAACUUCGUAUGUCAUCUUUCCUCAAUAUCAAACUCCAAAAUUCUCGAUUGAAGUAUUUUUCUUCCUUCUCUUUGGAAUGUUGGUGACUUGCGGCGCUGCCUUUACCAUAUUGCAUUACUGUGAGUUUGCAAGGCUGGAGCAGCUCAAGACGAGGGAUGAAGUUGAUGAAUCGACUGACGUCACAGCUCAGACAGACCUCAUGUCCAGCUAUGAACUCAGUGGGCCUACAGCUAAUCCUGCAAGUGACAACUUCCUUGACGCAGCUGAUAACAUUCAUUCCAGGACCCACUUAAUAACUGGGAAGAAACGGCCAGAAAUCUCAAUCCAGAAAGACAUCUCUUUGGAGACGACUCGGCGCCAAACAUGCAUGACAAGGACCAACUUUUUCUUCUUCCUAUUUCUCACAGCGUGGAUCAACGGACUUGGUAAUGGGGUGUUGCCGUCUAUACAGUCGUACUCAGCCUUACCAUUUGGCAACACUAUAUACCACCUGACAGUGACACUAGGGAGCAUUGCUAACCCUCUGUCCUGCCUCGUGGCCUUCUUCCUGCCCGUGUCAUCCACCAUUGCCAUCACGAUACUGACACUCCUUGGGACCGGCUUUGCUGCGUACUGCAUUGGUCUUGCUGCAAUGAGCCCCGACCCGCUGCUUGUUGGAGAGCUGUUUGGAAAUAUUCUUGUAGUUGCAGCCUGGUUUUUUGUGACUUUCUUGUUGACCUUCACCAAGGUGAGCAUUGCGUCACUGCUGCGUGUUGAGGGGAAGCGUGCGCUGUUGUGGUGUGGGGCCAUGACACAGGUCGGGUCAGCAGUUGGAGCACUAGCUAUGUUCCUUCUUGUCAACGUGUUCAAAAUGUUCAAACAAGGCUCGCCGUGUCGCUAGCCAUGGACGUGUCAUUGUGACAUAUCACUGUAGCACCAAAUUCAUCAUAUCGUCUAGAGGCUGUUUUCUCAGGGACCAUCCAUUUUAUUUUUUGAGGAAUGGGACUGAAUUUUCUUUGAUUUUAUUUUGUAGGUGUGGCAUACAAUUUUUUAUGCAUAUAUUAAAAUCAAUUCCAUCAAUUAGAAUGUUUUAUUUUUCUUUCAAUUUGUUUUGUAUUUGUUACACAUUCCGCAGAGUUCACUUAUUUUUUUCAGAACAAUGCCAGUAGCAACCACCAUGACAAUGAUUUCUAUUUUGUCAGAACUAACAAUUAGCAUUACAAGUAAUUAUUUACAACAAAAAUAACACAUUUCCACUCGUUCAAAGGCCUGCAAAGGUUGGGCAUAUUGUUUCAAGAUCGUGUGUGACAUUCUCCAUGUCUCAGCCUCAUUCAUCAAGAUAAAAUGGUUGGUCCCUGGGACUAUGUUAAAAUGAAAAUUGUCAUAUGUUGUCAAUUUUUCAACAUGUUUAGCAUUAGUGUAUUUUGUUUUGUUGAGUGCUUGUUAUACUGGAUGUAGCGGUGAAGACGCUGAGCUUUGUUUACCAUGUUUACUGUGUUUUCAAGCUUUUCCAAGCUGAUGUCUCUAUUGCAGUAGACACUACGGUCUAAUAUUUUUUGGUUUGUAUACAAAGCCGACCGACAUAAUAAUGAAAAACUUUUUAACAAUGGCAUUUGACAAUUUGUUUGGAAGCCACAAUUAGGUCCCAGGAAUCUGUAGAUAUCAUUAUUAUCUGUUUGGAGGGUGAAGCCAUUGCCAUUUAUAAAUUGAUGGCUCCUGACACUAUUUCAGAGUUGGCAAUUGAAAUCAAGAUUGACAGACUGGUUCUUGUCAACAUUUGCUGCCAAUAUUUGUCGGUGUAUACAAUGUUGACAGAAUCUCCUGAAAUUUGUCUCAAUCAUCUUCAACCAACACUACCAACAUUAAACUCAAUGUUCUUCCAAGUACAAACGACUGCCUUUGUGGUCUAGUGGAUAGAGCGUUUGCCUGGAGAGCGGUAGUCCGUGGUUCGAUUCCCUGCCCAUAUUUCAUACCAAACCACGUUAAAAGAUAGUACUUGUUGUUACCCUUCCUGGCGCUCAGCAUUAAGGGAAUAAAACAAGGAAUG